AUGGUAGUCCAAAUCUGUAUCAUCUUUUUUUUUGUUUUCCUUUACUUUGGUUUCAUUUGGAAGAUCAAUUGGAUCCAAGUAAGUGAAUAAAUUAAUUAAAGAAAAAAAUACAUCUAUUCACAUGAAUUUUCGACUUACGAAUUGGACAAAAAAAAGGAUCUGACGCACCAAAAUAGCAAAACCUCGGCAAGGUGUCGAAUGAGCAAGAGCCGAAAAAUCGGCAGAUUGCCGCCGGUCUACCCAAAUGGCUGGUUCGGACUACUGGACAGCUUGGCAUUGCGAAAAGGUCAAGUUAAACAUGUUGCGGCGCUCGGUCAGAAUUUCGCUGUUUUCAGAACUAAAAGCGGAGCUGUGCGGAUUUUAGACACCUACUGCCCGCACCUCGGGGCAAAUAUGGCCGAAGGCGGGCGCGUCGUGGGUGAAGAGUUGGAGUGCCCCUUUCAUCUCUGGCGUUUUUGCGGCGAAUCUGGCCAGUGCACCAGCAUCCCGUAUACGGAAAAAAUUCCAAUAAAUGCAAGAACAAAAGUAUGGGAGUGCACGGAGGCCAACGGCGUGAUUUUUGUCUGGUAUCACGCAGAGUCGGCUUCCCCUAGUUGGUGGCCAAAGCCGAUCGAGAAAAUCGCCGAUGGCUCUUGGAAGUAUCAAGGAAGGAACGAAUUCCACUUCAAUUGCCACAUCCAGGAGAUACCGGAAAACGGUGCCGACUGGGCGCAUCUGAACUCCCUUCACGGCCAAUUUAUAAUAACCAACGGCCUUUUAUCGAAGCUCGUCAAACAUACGUGGACCGAUGCUUCCUGGUCGGCCCAUUGUAACGAAGAUUUUUCCAACGGGACUGAUAAACGUCAGAGCAAUAAGGAGCAGAGGCACAGAGCAACGAGUUUCCUCCAACAUGAGCUGGUCUUGUUUGACAAAUACAAAAUUUUAAAAUUGAACGUGGUGGCGGAUCAAAUCGGACCUGGUUACGUUGAGCUUUUCCUAGAUUCUUCCUUGGGGCCCUUAUUUAUCGUUCAGACGGUGACGCCAGUGCAGCCACUGACCCAAAGAGUGACUCACCUCAUAUUUUCCCCGAUGCUACUUGCUCCCUACGCCAGGAUGAUCUUUGUUGGCGAGUGCUUGCAGUUUGUGAGGGACGCUAAAAUCUGGAGUCACAAGAAGUACGUGGACAACCCGAUUCUGAUCAAAGAAGAGAAGUCGAUCAACGCCUAUCGCAGAUGGUACAAGCAGUUUUACACUGAAAACAGCCCUACGUAUGAUUCCUGCAGAGAGUCACUUGACUGGUAG